UUUUUGAGCUGGAAUAAAUAAAAAAUUCUGAUGUAAUUGCAGAUCAUUGCAGGUUCAUGAUAAGCUACCCUUGCCUGGCCCUUAUCCUAAGUGAGAGCAAAUAACAAAGCAAGAUGGAUGCCAAUGCACUGGAUAACACACCCUCAGAACUGGGUAAAGUGUUGAACAUUUUACUUGAUGAGGCCAAAUAUGAGGAUGCCUGUGAAGAAAUAGAUAAAUCUGAGCACUGUAAAGACAUUGUCAAGCAGGCAAUGGAAUUGAUUCCUUCAUUGGCACGGCGGAUACAUAACCACCCAAAUAAUCUUGAACUUGGUCAUUGCAUUCAAAAGCUUCUAGCCAGCAUAGCACAAAAAGGAAAGAUCAAGGAGGUUGUAAUGGCCCUUUUGGUUGAAUUAGAUUCACUCAAGAAUGACCAGGACCUGCUAAUAGCACUAACUCCUCUAAGCAUAGCUAUGAUGCGCCAGUGGACACAGAACUGUAGACUGUCAGCUUCCCGUUGGAUAUUCAAAAGUGUGAUUGACCGUCUCCAGAAAAUAAAUCUGCCAACCAAUCAUGAUUUUGAAUCCAAAGAACAGCUCCUGUUGGAUUGUGAUCCUUCUGUUAUAACUCUUGUUGAAGCCCUUGAAGCCACAAUCACUUUUUUUAAGUCAUUUUAUUGCUUACUUUUGGAGCACGAAGACAUAAAGUUUGUAGAUAGCCAAGCAGAUGUAAGAACCUUCUUAGCCAAAACAUUGGUCCAUUUGUUUGAAAGACCUCUUACAUACUUAGAUCUUUACUGUGAUGAGAAGAUUGCAGAAAGUAACUCCUGUCGACUGGCUUCCAAAUUAGUUUGCAUGAUUAAUGUAUUACACCCAAAUCCAAUUAAAUUUCUAGAAGGUAUUGUGGGGACAAGCAAAUGUCUUAGAGAUAAUGAGUUUGAUGAAGAUGAGGAUGAAAUAGAUAGCAGUUUCCCUCAUCCAUUGCCAUCACAAGCUCUAGGCUGUCUAUUCUACUGCUAUUACUAUGCACACAUGUCACAUAUGCUGCCCUGCGUGCACCACCCACUCUUUGUGUUCCAGCAAUGCCUGCCAGUGUUGUGUGCAUUAUUACGGGUCCCAGAGUACCUCCCACUGCACAAGGGUGUGCUGCUGGCACAGUCUCUGGUCAAUGCUUUGGGUGCAGAGGCUGUAGAUAUGGUCUCCUUGGACAUGCCCUGCCAGUAUGAAUUUGUGCAGCUCAUGUGUAGUGUCAUAACCAGAGCAGACAAAAAAGAGCUCAGAAUAUAUGCCUUUGAAGUGUUCAAGAAAUAUGUGACCAUUCUAACCAUUGGAGCACGAUACCGUAUAUUUGAGUACCUCUUGCAGACUCUUGAUCAUGCUGGACUUUUAGGUUUUACUGUAACUGAGAUCAAGCAAAACAUCUUUCUGAGCUUGAGAGACCAGACUGACUCUAUUAAGAGAAACCCUUUUGUGGGGAGUGCCAUGUGGAAGUUGGUGUAUGAGUCAUGCAAGCUGCCUGAUGGUGAGACCACUGAUAUGUUGGAUUACAGUGAUAAGAUCCUUGCUUCACUCAACCUCCUAACAUUCCUAUUCAUACGUGCUAGUAAGUGCAACUUUAGAGAAGAAACCUACACUGAAGCAGACAAACAAAUGCAAGAAAAGUUUUCUUUGUUGGACAUGCCAUACCACUUGCAGCACAUUGAGGAAGAAUUCUUGUCUCCAUUGAGAAAUGGGCUACAACUCUCCAGAGAACACUAUGAGCAGAAGCUUAAAAUGAUGGAGUCUGGGGAAGAUCCUGGUGAUGAAGACCAUGACCUUGAACUGUAUGCUGGAGGCGGCCUCAUGCCCGGGUUCUCACAUGACCAGAAGGUUCAGGUCAUGCGGUUGUCCCUGUCACGCUUUGAUAUGAUCAACUGUGUGUUAGCUCAAACAUCAGCUGCUGUUGAGCAGCUCAAUGAAGCCAUCAAAUCUGCAGCUAAGACAACCCAAGUACAAGCUCCAACAUGCUGAUCCUCUGACAAAUACGACAAGCUUUAUGAGUUGAGACUAUGGUUGUGGUAGUUGUUUCUAUCUUAUCAUAGAAUAGGAACAAAUGAUCAAAGUUUGGUGGCAGAUUCUGUGGAAAAUUAUGUUACUUCAGAUGAGCAUAACGUCAUGCACACCUUAUUGAAGCAAUGCCAGGAUAUUCUUGAUAUUUGAUGAUGCUGGAAUUUGCUUGGAGAAAUAUUGCUAAAUUUGUGUUGUAGUGCAUGAAUGCUUCUUCUUGUGGCACUUAGCAAUGACCUAGCAACUUUUUUGUUGAUUAUUUUUGUAAAA